AUGUUCCGAAAGCAAAGUUCCCGUUCUGCCGCCCAUCCGCUUCCGAUCCACCAUCGCGCCGUUUCCAAUGCCUACCCCCAUGUUCUCGCACUGCCUCACCAUCCUGACACACAAAGCGCGCUAAACGACUUCGCAUCAACACUGGUCGACAAAAGGUUGAUUGUGCACUAUGGAAUUAUAGUUAACUUACCCAAUGUCGCAACAGCCUGUCCUCAUCCGCUCAAAUCCACGUCAUCGCCAUCGCUUGCCAAACCGUCGUCACCGCCUCCCAUUGGUCUGACCAACGCGAUGUUGUCAAAGGUAGUCGGUACCCGCGUAGUUCGCGACUUCAGUGCGUUACAGCCCCCUACGCUGCCCAAACCUCGGAGUAGGGCUGUUUGA